GAAGCAGAGAACCGCAAACAGAAAACGCCUAUUAGUAAAAACUAAAUUAUAUAUUUGCAAUGUUGUCACAAUAUAUGGAGGAAUUUGAACAGGAGCCCUUUGAAGUGGGCGAGUUUAUUGAGCGUCUGACCUGGCGCACCAACAAUGAGUUGCAAAAUAGCGAAGAUUUCAAUCCAGUGGCGCUGCAUGACACAUUCAUACAAACAAUCAAGGAUCUGAAGAUACUGCAGGAGAAACAACAGAGCAAGUGCGAGCGUCUAGAGGAAUCGCUGCGACAGGAGAAGGAGUCCCAUGCUAAGAAAAUUGAUAAGCUGCAAGAGCGCCACCAGGUGGCCAUCGACUGCUUUAGCCAGUUGGAUGAGAAAAUCAAUUCGGUAGCGGGAAAAAUAAUGCAUCUUGGCGAGCAACUAGAAAAUGUCAACACGCCACGUAGUCGCUCCGUAGAGGCGCAGAAAUUACUUAGCUACAUGGCAGAGUUUCUAAUGGCCGGACCCGUUAUUGUUAAUGACAUAUUUUCAGACGCACAGCGUCUUCAUGAAGCUGCUGAUGUUAUACAAAAAUUGUAUGCUAUUUCGCAAGACUUGCCACCGGGAAAAUUUGCCGAGUCCAAGCGCAAAAUUGAAAAGAAAUACGAUGAGGUGGAGCGUCGUCUUAUAGAAGAGUUCGCUACUGCACAAAAGAGCGAGGAUAUUGAGCGCAUGAAGACUUUGGCACAAAUACUAUCACAAUUCAAGGGUUAUGCACAGUGUGUAGAUGCUUAUAUAGAGCAGAGUCAAAUGCAGCCGUACAGCGGCAAGGAUAUUUUUAAUGGCAUUGUACCCAUGUGCAAGCAUCAUUAUGAAAUUAUAAAAAAGGUGUUUGCGAAUCCACAGCAGGUAAUGUCCAAGUUUAUACUGAACAUCUAUCAGCUUAAGCUGCAUCAGUAUGCUAUGACUAAGCUGGAUGACAAAAAAGAUGAGGAAAAGUAUCUGCGGACGCUCUAUGAGCUUUAUUCUCGCACCUUGAAGCUGUCUAGCGAUCUUCAAGUUUACAUGUCCACCAUUGAUGAUGAUCUGCUGCAGAAGCUCACACAACAGAUUUUUAUGAAAAAUCUAAGCGGCUAUUCUGACAUGGAGAUAAGAUGUCUUACUGCCAAGUGCUCAACGGAGCUGGAGAAAUUUUAUUCUAGCAAAAAGCAUCAGAAGACACAAACUACUAAAGGAUUUCGACGUAAUAUGGAAGUGCUCAUUGCUACCAGAGCCAAUAUUAAUAUAGCCGCAAUAGAGGAUUAUGGCGGAGAGACCUUUCUGUCCGAAGAGCUGGCCAUCAAUAUGUUGCAAGAGGCAAAAGCUUCGCUCAAGCGCUGCAGAUUGCUGUCCACAGAGGCUGAGCUGCCAGGCAAUGCCAUUAAACUAAAUGAUAUUUUGCUGCGUUUUCUAAUGCAUGAGCAUGUUGACUAUGCUUUGGAGCUGGGACUGCAGGCAGUGCCGAUAGCCGAAGGCAAAGUCUUUCCGCAACUAUAUUUCUUUGACGUAGUGCAAAAAACAAACAUUAUUGUACAUUUGUUGGACAAGUUGUGCAAUACUUCGGUCAUACCAUGUGUUAGUAAUACACCCAAAUACUCGGAUUAUGUGUUUAAGAAGCGCAUCUUAAUGGAACAAAUUGAAACCAAACUUGAUCAGGGUCUGGAUCGUUCAAUAAGCGCUGUAAUUAGCUGGGUUAAGGUCUAUCUACAAUAUGAGCAGAAGAAAACCGACUACAAGCCCGAAACGGAUGUGGAUACCAUUGCGUCAGCUGCUUGUUUACAAGUGGUGCAAAAUCUACAGCCCGUCAUAGUGCAGAUUAAGAAGUGCGUGGAUGGCGAGAAUUUGCAAAAUGUGCUGACUGAGUUUGGAACACGACUCCAUCGUGUUAUUUACGAUCAUUUGCAAACGAUGCAAUUUAAUACAGCGGGCGCCAUGUGCGCCAUAUGCGAUGUGAACGAGUAUCGCAAAUGCAUAAGAGAAUUGGAAUGUCCGCUGGUGACUCAGCUUUUUGAUAUACUCCAUGCUCUAUGCAAUUUACUGCUGGUGAAACCACAAAAUUUGCAAGAAGUAUGCACAGGUGACACGCUGAACUAUCUGGACAAGUCGGUGGUGCGACAAUUUAUACAGCUGCGCACAGAUUUUCGUAUUAUCAAAAGCACCAACUAUCUAAAAGGGAUCAUCGAGUAGUAUUGCUGAGUCACAU